GCCCGGACGGGCGGGUCCUGCGCCCCAGGACGCUUGCCGGAGGGGCCCUGACCCUGCUGAAGUGCUGAUGGGGCCUGAGCCUCGCACGCUUUCGCAGUUUCUCGGCGCUGAUGAUGCCGAGGCCGGCGGCAAGGCCACAUCGCCCACUCGCAGCUCCAGCCUCGCUACAAUCAUAUAGGCCGCCGCAUUGCGGUUUCUCCUCCCAGUCUCCCUCUUCUGUCUUCUCCCUUGCCCUCCCGUCUCUCCUUGCCUGUUGGGACGAGCCUCCUCUCCGACUCCUCCGGGUUUUGGGCCAUGGGAGCGUGCGCGACGAAGCCGGGAGACCUCAAGGUCAAGGGCGAGGCGCCGCUGGUGGCGGAGGACGCCGCGGCGGCGGCGGCGGUGGCGAGCGAGGAGAAGGCGAAGGGCGCCGACGGGGUGGCCCCGGCUGCCGCCGAGGCCGACACGGCUGACGCCAGCCGCCGGAGGUCCCUCAGCGACCUGCUCAAACAGGAUGCAGAGACUACUGAUAGAGAGGCUGAUCAAGAGGCGGCGGAGAAGGUCGUGGCCGUGGAGCCAGCAACAGGUGCCGCCGGCGACGCCGGAGCAGCGAUAGGUGAUGGAGAGGCUGAUCAAGAGGCGGCAGAGAAGGUCGUGGCCGUGGAGCCAGCAACAGGUGCCGCCGCAGGCGCCGCCGGAGCAGCAACGAUGGGAGCGCAAGCACCAGUCCAGGCCUCAGCCGCCGCAGCCGAGCAGGACGGCGCGGGCGGCGAGCUGAAGGACGAUCCGCAUGGCGGCGACGUGCCGGCGGUGGCGGAAGAAGAGAAGCGUGUCGAUCCUGACUCGGUCGUCCAAGUUGUUGCUCCAGCUGCUGCUGCUGCUGCUGCGCCGCCGAGUGCCGAGGAAGGCAAGGUUGCUGAUGAUGCAUCUGCCUGAAAACAUGGACACUGUCUUGCGAUUCUCUCUCUUUUUCUAUUGGUGAGGUGCGCUCUAAUGGCGUGGUGAGAUUGAUAGCUUGCGCUGGCAAAGCUGAUCUGGAGUGCUGGGACUUGGGAGGGCAGUUGUUGUGGACCAGGUUGUGCAUCGCUGGAUUAUGUUACUGUUUAAACAGAUUUUUCUAGGAGUAUCAAGCUGUCCUUGCUACUGCAAAUGAUUCAAACAACUUGCAUUGGCAAUCAAA